AGAAACCCGAGGAGUUGCGUCACUCAACUUCUCAUCUGUAUUGUGAGUAACAAUGCCUGAGCCGAAAGCAGCCCCUGCCCCGAAGAAGGGCUCAAAGAAAGCUGUUUCUAAGAGUCAAGCGAAGGGUGGGAAGAAACGUAGAAAGUCCAGGAAAGAAAGCUAUUCUAUCUACGUCUACAAGGUGCUGAAGCAAGUUCAUCCCGACACUGGUAUUUCAUCUAAGGCGAUGGGAAUUAUGAAUUCAUUUGUGAAUGAUAUCUUUGAACGUAUCGCCGGUGAGGCCUCUCGCCUAGCGCACUACAACAAGCGCUCAACCAUUUCUUCCCGGGAGAUCCAGACUGCUGUGAGACUUCUUCUACCUGGAGAACUUGCUAAACAUGCUGUGUCUGAGGGCACCAAAGCAGUUACCAAGUAUACCAGUUCGAAGUAAGCAACAUCUGUUCGAAACCAACGGCUCUUUUCAGGGCCACC